CAGAGCUUGCCAAUGAUAAAUUUUAUAUACCUCCUGCAUGUUAUACAAUGUCUACUCAAGAGAAAGAUCUUUUUCUGACAGUUCUGAAAAAUUUGAAGGUUCCUGAUGGGUACUCAUCGAAUAUUUCACGAUGCGUAAAUCUCAAAGAGCGAAAACUUUCAAAUCUUAAAAGUCACGAUUGUCACAUUUUGAUGCAAGAUAUCUUUCCAUUAGCUUUAAGAUCGUCAACACCGAAACAAGUUUUUGCAAUUGUUUCUCAAUUAUCAUCAUUCUUUAAGGCAUUAUGUUCCAAAGUUCUUGAUCCUAAGGAGCUUGAUCAAUUGGAGUCUAAAAUUGCACUUACACUAUGCAAUAUGGAAAAGAUCUUUCCUCCUGGGUUUUUUACUAUUAUGGUUCAUCUACUCAUUCACUUAGCGGCGGAAGCUAAACUUGGUGGCCCGGUUCACUACCGAUGGAUGUAUCCUAUUGAGAGGUUUCUUAUGCGCUUGAAAGAUUAUGUACGCAAUCGAGCCUAUCCCGAGGGCUCGAUUGCUGAAGGAUAUAUUGCUGAGGAGUGUUUGACAUUUUGUUCGAGAUAUCUUGAAGGUGUUGAAACGGUUUUCAAUCGACCUCAAAGGAAUUGUGAUAUCAUAGAGAAUGCAGAUGUUUACAAGUUCUCAUCUGGCGGAAGAGUUUUGGAAAAAGUUGAAAGUGUUGUUCUUGACCAGAAAUCGUUGGCACAGGUUAGUACGGUUAAUUGA